AUGUCAUCCGAUCACAGCCUCCGUGACGCUGAGGAGGGCACCUUCCAAGAUGAUACGAAAAGUAAAUUGGCCGACAUCUUCGGAUCAAUCCAACGUCUUCCUCAGGUCUGUUCCCACUUGAUGAUCGAGCCGGACAAGCUUGUCGAUCCCGAAAUCAUCAUCGAGGAUUGGCCUCAGCUAGACUUUCCCAUCUCCCAUCAUGAUGCGGAUUUUAUCCUACUUCAAGAAAGCGAGCCAGAAGGUCUGACUGGAAGAGGGCUGGAUAUUUCCCAAAUCCGCCUGCGCAAUCCCAAAUGGGACUCGUUUCUCAAGGAAACCAUCCUGCCCGCAAUUCUGCCCAAACUUGGGCUUGAGAGCGUGAAGCUGGAGCCGCCGGUAUUACGUAUCCAAGCCCCCGGAACGCAAAGAUACAGCCUUUCCUCCGACAAAUCAAAGGAUCCAAUUGUCAAAGGCGGCAUUUCAGUCUUUAUGCCGUGGAUUCAAAAAGAUGUACAUGUUGAGUGUUCUUGCCCUCGUCUCAGCCAAGAAGAGGAAAUGCUUGUCCAUCAUACCGAUUCCUCAUACGACGAGGCCACAUACUUUUUCGGGCCACUGAUGAAUGGACAUCAUGUUUCUCUUGUCUACGGGUUUUCUGUCCAAUCGCAAGAAAACAGGGUGGCAAAACCCAAAUCCCUCGCAGCUGGCCCAUUCGACCGUAUAGAGCAAAUUCUGACGUCUUCUCGGUCAUGCCAACACGAACCACCUUUCUUUGUUGUUCCGCUCCCGGCUACAGGUCAUAUUUUUGCCGCAGGAACUCAGGCUUGUCGAGAGCUCGAGGAUACCAGCCGCAAAGCUGGCUUUUACAUGUUUCUUGCCCACAUGAUACAUACUGCUGAUGAACAAAAACCCAAUGUUGGUCAGAAUGAUCCUGUAACCUGGGGCAUCACCCUUACGGAAAUCGCUACAGUGCAAGACGGCAACGAUCGUGUUGGUCGCUUCCUGAGGAUUUCUCCAGACAACAUCGUUGACAUCAACCUAUCACCGGAGACGAAAUUCCGGCAGCAUGAGAUCAAUUCCGUGUUGGUGCAAGAUCACGACCCAGGAUGCUACUGGGCCUCGGACUGCGACAACGACGACGAAGCGCGCAGUCAUGAUAACCUGGAUGAAGAUGAGGAUUCCGAUGAAGAUGAGGAUUCCGAUGAAGAUGAGGACGCGCAUGACUGCAACUGCAAGAAGACUGUGCACCAUGAAGUUAUUAUGCUUGUGCCCUACAAGAACCUGGAGAACAUACUUCGGGCAGUUGGAUCACCUGACCACGUUGACAGCCUGGUGCAGCUAGUCUUGCUACGCUUGAAGGACAUAAAAAAGUGGGAUGAAGACCUUGAUUCGGUGAUCCCCCGUUUUUUUACUGCCUGUGUCAGAGGUGAAUGUGUUUAUAGACCAAACAAGACACUUGGAAGGAUCCUACUAUGGGCACGUCGAAAUUUCGAGGAUGGUCUAUUUGCGGACUGUCUGAAAGCUAGCGUCUAUCAUGGGAAUCUAUCUUUCAGCUUUUAUACCGGUCUUGGCGCGGUAUUGAAGGAUGAGCUCUCACAUGAUAUGAGUUGCUCGCAGGUUGAGGAGGCGCUGUCCUCGAUACUACAUGGCCUUGUCAAUCAAGGUGACUAUUUUGCGCUGACGAUAGUGGAUUCGAUUCUUUCAAGACUGCAUAAGGAGAUUCGGUGUUGUCGACUCAGGGCUACGUUUGAUACCUGGAAAGCAGCUGUGCUUGACAGAGAGCUGAGAGGAAGAUCCUCAUUCCGUCAUGCUGACCUUGACUUCGUCAUCAAAUCCCUCAAUGAAUCCAGUGGACUUUUAUCAUCCGUAUGGCCAGUACAUGCAAUUACACGCAGCCCCCAUAACUGUCUCCUGGAAAUACUGUCCUGCGCCUUCAAAAACCAUCUUCGAGUAUGGCAAAAAGGUUGCCACAAGAGGCAAGAAUUUCAAAGUCUCUACAUGGUAAUUUUAGAUGGAAGUCAAUGGAGCCUUGCUCUCAGGGAGUCCGACAUCAAACACACAUGGUCUGCUGCACCCCACCACUCAGGCACUUGGUUCAUCUCCAUGGUGGUUCAGAGCCUUCAACAGGGUUUACUGUCUUCUCUGCUCCCCAUUAUCAAGUACACUUGUCAGAAUUUCACUGCCGGAGUAUCCCGCAAUGGUACCCUUGCAUUUCGGGAUAUGUCUUUGGCGGGCUUCCUUGGAGACAUGUGCCAGUCACUUCAAGAUGCGAGUUCGCUGCUCGACGAGGAAGAUAGACAAAAUCUGACACCAAUCAAGCCUGUCUCUGCAGACGACGUCAAAGCGGUCUUUGAGGAGAUUCUCCGCCAUGGGGUUCUCAAACCAAUGCCUACUCGCCAAGCCGUAGACGACUUCCCGGGAUGGGCAAUCGCAUCCAGAGGGUGCGGAAAGCGAGACUGCGUUGAUUGCGCGGUCCUUGAUGCUCUCUUGGGCCACGAGACGGCCAUUGUCGCGCAUUUCAAUGAAUGGUCUCUCCGCAGCGGUGUAGAUCACCUUAUCGGGCAAUUGACCAAGAGAACGGCUGAGUGGCCAGCACCCUUCGAGUACAGCAUCAAGGGUGAAAUAGGCUCACGAACUGUCACCCUAACAAAACAAGAGAGAGUCUUGCGCGAAAGGGUGCAACACAGUUAUGAGUAUGCGAUGCGGUCUCUUCGGCGGCGGGUGGCGCCCCUGAAGAAUGAGUACAUGAAACAAGUCCUCGGCCGGGAACUCUAUGGCGAGCUUGUUCUUUUAGGAGAAGAGGACGAGGAAGAGGCUACAGAGUGUGACCAAUGCAUCACAGACAUCGAUUUUGAGGGUGACUCCGAUUCAACCCAGACGUGCAGCGACGCGGCUCAACUUUCAACCUCGUCCAUCAAGAGACCGGCACCGAGCUCUCCUGACACUGGAUCCAUGCCCAAAAGGCUAAAGACUGAUUGAAGUAUGGGACAUUGCAUGUUUGUUUUUGUGAACCAAUAACACUAGCAAGUAAAAUAAUGGCUAAC